UUUAAAAGGAAUAAUAUUUUAAUGGAGCAAAAUCAAUAUAACUCGCACCAACCUUUAACAGGAGACAGAGGUCAGCCAUUGGUUCAGCAAGACCAACCACCUUAUUAUCCAACUGCAUUACCUGUGGAAACAACUGGUCAGUAUCCAGUUGAACCUCCUCAGUAUCAAACGAGCCAGCCUAUGGGCGGUCCAACCUACCAAGGUAUUCCUCAGCCUCAAUAUUUUCAAGCUCAGGGAUAUCCUCCUCAUCAAUUUGGAAAUGGAGGAGUAGCUCCUAAAGUGACUCCAGCAAUGUUCAGAGGAGUUCUCACUUCUGUGUUCUGUGAAUGCCCCAGUUGUGGACAGGUCACCCACACCAGAGUUGAAGAAGAAAAUAGUCCAUUGCAAUGGAUCCUCUGCUUAAUAAUUUGCGUAGUUGGAUUAUGGUGUUGCUGCUGCAUUCCUUUCUGUAUAGACAAUCUUAAAGCAGGAAAGCACUACUGCAGUAGUUGCGGUAGUUGCAUUGGUCACAUCCAAGGCUAAGCUUGUAGCUAAUAAUACUUCUCUUCAUAAAUUCAGAGUUUUGAA